AUGGCGCGUAAAAAGCUACCUUGGCUAGCUGAUGCCAGCACUCCAUCUAGACCAUCCAUCAAGCGUGAAAGCCCGGGCAUAACCACCCCGCCACGGCAGCGCAGCAUAAAGGACUGGCAGACGACUCCACGAACGCCAGCUUCAAGACCUCGCACGCCACAACGCCUAUCUGAUGCACCACAACAUGCCGUCACAGCCCCGGACCCGAUGAGGGAAGGAUUUGAAGCCGACGAUAUAUGGAUGAUGGUGGAGGAUGAGUUCAACGAAGUUGCGAAAGCAUUCUCUGCACAUUUGCACCAAGCCGAGUACGAACGACGUGUCAAAGCAGCCAAGGAAGCUCCUCCGAAGUCACCACCUCUUCACGCCAGACAGGCCGCUUCUUUGACACAGAUUGGUAUUGAGCCCGAAGCUAUAGAUGCUGGUGGACAAGACGACGAUCCCUGGCGAGGGACACAUCUUGCUCCCUUGGUCUCGGUUGGAAGUCGGAAGAAGAUAUCUUUGAAAGGGCUCGAUCGGCUUCCCAGUUCCAGUCGAGCGGCACAAGGAUUCUCAAGGGUCACAGAACAGCCAACCACCAAAUCAGCCGCUACAGCAACGGCAACGGCAUCGAAUCGACCAGAGCCCGAGUCUGACAGACGCAGGUCGGUUCGAGAGCUCCCGGCAGAGCUGGUCACGAACCAUGUGCGAUCUGACAAGUCUUCCCGAGACACGAGCAGAGCCUUCCCACCUGUUCACAUCAAUGGAAACCCACUGCCCAAAUCGAGCGUUGCGAAGAAAAGAUCAACAACGGCAAGAUCAUCUUUCAAAGCGAAGAAGGUGAAGAAAGAAGAGGUGAUCAAGGAGGAUCCUCUUGAAAUGCCUAUGUGGUAA